AUGGAGAAAUGGAAACAUAUUCCAUUAACAAAGGAAGAAGAUGAGGUUAGGCGGUGGUGGAUGAAGUUAGAGAAGAGUUCAUCUGCUUCAGGCUCUAGGAGUAGGCUGGCUCGGGUAUCUUCUUCCCGCCAGCGAGAGGAGGAGGAUGAGGAUGAGGAGGAGGAGGAGGUCAUACCGGAUGUUGACCCUCCAGUCGGGGAGGAGGAGGAGCAGGAGGAGCAGGAGGUGGAUAGCUUUCCGGGAGGGCCUUUUGACACUUCCCUGCUGAUUCACUACCAGGAUCACGUCGCUCGGCGGAUCUGGGAGGGAGAGGAGAGAGAGCCAUUGAAAAUGGUGAACCACUCCAGGAAGAUUUUCGGUCUGUUUAAACCAGCAGCUCAGUGGUUUAACGACCACGUGCGAGGUUCAGGACUUAGCGGAGUCCGUAUAGUGUCAAAUAACAGUGUCAGUACAAACAACAAAAAUGAGUUAUUUAACAACAAAUUCCAAUCUCUUUUGAAACUUAGUAUUGCCAUUGCCAGGCCCAAUGCUGGUUUCUAA